UGUGGUUCGACCUCUGCAGUCGGUAAGUCUGAAAUGGCAGUUUGAAUGAGAAACGUAUCUUAAGAAAUCCUGUUUCAUCCUGUCUUGUAGCUUCGCAUCGCAGUGCAUAAAGAGACCCGGGCUUCAACCAGAUUUGACCAAACCGGUUAAAACUACUUAAAAUAGAAAAUGUAUGCCUGUGCAAAGUUUGUUUCCACGCCGGCUAUGGUCCGUGCUGGUUCCCGGGCUCUUUACAGACCCCUGUCUGCCUCUGUGCUGUCCAGGCCUGAUGGCAAAACAGAGAGCACUGUUGCUGUGAUGCCACAGAACCCCCUGACCCAGGUGACGCUGAGAGGCUUUCAGACCAGCGCCAUCAGCAGGGACAUUGACACUGCCGCCAAGUUCAUUGGCGCUGGAGCCGCCACAGUCGGAGUCGCUGGAUCUGGUGCUGGUAUUGGGACAGUGUUCGGUAGUCUCAUCAUUGGCUAUGCCAGGAACCCAUCUCUGAAGCAGCAGCUGUUCUCAUAUGCCAUCCUGGGAUUUGCCCUGUCUGAAGCUAUGGGACUGUUCUGUUUGAUGGUCGCUUUUCUUAUCCUGUUUGCUAUGUAAAACUGCCCUCAACACUUUCAUUACAGAUGUGACUACAUAUUUUAAUGUGGCUACCAGAAUUGUUCAAUGUUGGCGUCAUGGAAAUGUACAUUUUUCAAGUCUUUCAGACACUGUCAAAAUAAGCAAAACAUGUAUUGUACAAAUGUAAGAACUCACGUGAUUAAAAUACAUGUAUUUGACUAUUUAACAAUGGCAGUAACUUUUCUGUCUGGAGCAUCAUGCUAGCACAACAGAAAGCAGUUGGCAUUCAUAAAUGUCAUCUUUUCAGUUGAAGCAGCUGCUUAGGCUUGCCAUGAAUCAGCCUUGUUUUAUCAGCUUUUGGGGGUCCACCUUAAUGAGUUCUUCUAUAGCUGCAGUUAAAUAGUACUGUAAUUAGGCAGCAAGUGAAAGCUUGCUUUUGUAAAUGGCAUUGAAUAAAUCUAGAUGAUUUAAUUGAGUUAAA